UGUGGGGGUGGGGGGGUCUGAAUCUUUUUUUUUUCCUGUAGGAUCAGGCAGCAAAAUCCAUGAUAAAACCCCAUUCCCCUCUCCCUCUUCCCAACACAUUGCUCCUUGAGUUUGUGCCCACUCUCACCAGAGCCCAACUAGCUCGGCGGGAGAAAGUGAUUCUGUAGCUUUAAGGUGCUGCUCGUGCAAAAGUACCACCGGAGGCGGGAGCCACAGCCAUCCAUCCGCCCCGCGGGCAGGCAGGCAGGCAGGCGGGUAGGCUAGCCCCAGUGGCUGCUCUGGCUGCUGCCGCCGCUGCGCCCAGGGGCCCAGAGGCUAAAGGGGUGAGGGAAGUCACUGCCCUCCCCUUCAGUCCUUGCCCCUGCCAAGCCAGCUGUCCUGAGUGAGGAGUGAGUAGGGGCAGGCAGGCCAUGCAGCUUUAAACCAUGUCUCAGCUCUCAUCGUCGUCGUCCUCCUCCUACACCAAGAACGGGAUUGCAGACGGGCAGCACUCCCCCGGCUCGCAGGUGGCCAGAGGCACCACGACCCGGAGGAGCAGGUUGAAACGAUCCGAUGGCAGUACCACUUCGACCAGUUUCAUCCUUAGACAGGGUUCAGCGGAUUCCUAUACAAGUAGACCGUCUGAUUCAGAUGUAUCAUUGGAAGAGGAUAGAGAAGCAAUUCGUCAGGAAAGAGAACAGCAGGCAGCUAUUCAACUUGAAAGGGCAAAGUCGAAACCUGUAGCAUUUGCUGUGAAAACGAAUGUGAGUUAUUGUGGAGCUCUAGAUGAAGACGUCCCUGUUCCGAGCACUGCCAUCUCCUUUGACGCCAAGGACUUCCUGCACAUUAAAGAGAAAUAUAACAAUGAUUGGUGGAUAGGACGGCUGGUUAAAGAGGGCUGUGAAAUUGGCUUCAUUCCAAGUCCACUUAGACUGGAGAAUAUCCGAAUCCAGCAGGAGCAGAAAAGAGGACGCUUUCAUGGAGGGAAAUCAGGUGGAAAUUCUUCUUCAAGUCUUGGAGAAAUGGUGUCAGGAACAUUUCGAGCAACACCCACAUCAACUGCAAAACAGAAGCAAAAAGUGACGGAGCACAUCCCUCCUUAUGAUGUUGUGCCAUCCAUGAGGCCGGUUGUAUUAGUGGGGCCAUCACUGAAAGGUUAUGAGGUGACAGACAUGAUGCAGAAAGCCCUCUUUGACUUCUUGAAGCACAGGUUUGAUGGGAGGAUAUCCAUAACAAGAGUGACAGCUGACAUUUCUCUUGCUAAGAGGUCUGUCCUAAAUAAUCCCAGCAAGAGGGCAAUAAUCGAGCGGUCAAACACACGAUCCAGCUUAGCUGAAGUACAAAGUGAGAUUGAAAGAAUCUUUGAGUUGGCAAGAUCCUUGCAACUGGUUGUCCUUGAUGCAGAUACUAUCAACCACCCAGCACAACUUAUAAAGACUUCCUUAGCACCAAUUAUUGUCCAUGUUAAAGUUUCAUCUCCAAAGGUUUUGCAACGGCUGAUUAAGUCUAGAGGAAAGUCCCAAAGUAAACACUUAAAUGUCCAGUUGGUGGCAGCUGAUAAACUUGCACAAUGCCCCCCAGAAAUGUUUGAUGUUAUCCUGGAUGAAAAUCAGCUUGAGGAUGCAUGUGAACAUUUGGCAGAAUACCUUGAGGCAUACUGGCGUGCUACACACACAACAAGUAGCACCCCUAUGACACCUCUACUUGGAAGAAAUUUGGGCUCCACAGCACUUUCACCGUACCCCACUGCAAUCUCUGGAUUACAGAGCCAGCGCAUGAGGCACAGCAACCACUCUACUGAGAACUCUCCAAUUGAAAGACGAAGUCUGAUGGCCUCUGAUGAAAAUUAUCACAAUGAAAGGGCCCGGAAGAGCAGGAACCGCUUGUCUUCCAGUUCUCAACACAGCCGAGAUCAUUACCCUCUUGUGGAAGAAGAGUACUCUGACUCAUAUCAGGACACUUAUAAACCCCAUAGGAAUCGAGGUUCACCUGGGGGAUAUAGCCAUGAUUCCCGACAUAGGCUUUGAGUUUAAGAACCUGGGGGGGAGGGGGGAUAGUAUUCAUCAGUUGACAGUUUGCCAUAACAUAACUAGGACAAACUAAUCAUCUUAACUUGGCAGGUCAAGCAUAGUGUUUGCUGUGCUUAUAAGUUGCUGUCAUUUGGUGGUAGGUAAAGGGCAAAAAAAAAAAAAGUACAUCAAGCCCUAAUGUUAGAGGGAAAUUAGAUGCCCAGUCAUAUAGUUGUGUUUUUUUUAGUGUGACAUUUACAUUAUAACUACCUUUUCCUUCAUUAGGUAUUAGACACAUCAGUUUGUAAUUUAGGGUACUUAUCAAGGCACAUAUAAAAUAAUUUCCUGUGCUGGAAAUUCCAAAUGACCAGUUCCAGUUGGAACCAAUUUAUAAACCAAUUCCUGUUGGAAUUUGGGUGAAUUGACUAGAAAGUCUACUUGAGCAUGUUGCAAUCAAUUGAAAAUUUUAAAAAAUGCUAAUAAAGAAAAUCACAAUGUUCAAUACAAGCCAAAAAAAAAAAAGCUACAGUAUUUAUUUGCUGGAAGCUAAAUUUACACUUAAGGUUGAAAUACAUAAACAUUUUAUUAUGUGUUAACAUUUCCAGAAUGGCUUUUUCAAAUUUAACCAAAUGUAAAAUGUUGGUAGUGCCAAAAAUCUAAAUUAAUGCAGCAGUUACACAGUUUUCAUAGGAUUGAAAUUUUUUUUUCUGUUUUCCUGGCACGGCUGUUGCCAUCAAAGUAUUUUUCUUUAUGUUUAGUCACUACCAUUAUUUUUGUAGAAGUUGGCAAUGAAAAUUGGUAUUUUUUCAGCAGUGGUAAAGAGAAUGGCAUGAACAAAACAAAGUAUUACUGGUACUAUGAAAUAUAAGAUGGAGUGUUGUCCUGCCUUUGAUCAAUCUGAGCACAAAUACACAUGCCCAGGAAUAUAAUGUGAGCUAGGAAAAAAAUGUGACAUCCUCUCAUUUGCACUUUCUUCUAGGUGGGAAUUGAUCCAUUCCAGUAAUCACAAACAUAAAUUCAGUACUUACCUGCCAGCACAAUUGAGUACCUUUCCACUGCAUCAUCCAGUCUGUCUUUGAAUGUCUGAUUAUCCCAGCCCUAUAUAAAUAUUUCUUCAUAACCAUAUUCAGAAGGAUUUUUUAAAGUAGUCACUUUCAAUUUUGAUAUUGAAAGCAGUGUUUAUACAAAAUGAUGCUAGUAAAUAAAUUUUUUGAAAUGAAUGAUCAGAUUAAAGAGCUUGCAAUAAAAAAUAAACAGAAUCAGAAAUACCUGCUCACUAAAAUGAUAGUGCUGACAUUUUUAAUGCACAGAAUUAUAUUAUGAAGAAUUUGGAAAUGAUGCUGCCUUAUUUCUAAAGAGCACUCCUUUUCACCUACUGAGACUUCACAAUUUUUCCAGUGGAUACAUUUAUGUAAUUGGGGACCUUGUGUCUUACAUUAUCAAAGAAGCCUUAGAUCCAGUAUGAUCCAAGAAAUUAUUGGAACUGACCAUUUUAUACAACACACCAGUGUCUAUAAAGCAAAGAAUUAUUUCUAAAAGUCCAAAAUGCAUGCAUUUUCUAAAAGCCUGACAGGACCAGGCGUAAAAAUCCUUUUAUACUGGUUCAUGUCAUGAAACCUAUUUUUGAAAAAUGAUAAUUAUUAAUUUUAUAUUAUCUUAUUUUCUUCCCCAAGCAUCUUAAUAUUUAAGCUAUCAAGGUCCAUAACAAUUAAAUAAUUUUCCUGACCAUGAUGAUAUCUUAUAUUUUCUGGAUCAGUUACAAAAAUUUUGACAUCCUCUAUAAUUCCCUUCCCUGUGCCCUUCCCCACCUUCCUUUCUCCUCUUGUUCACUGUGUACAUCUCAUAAUGAUCAUGGUUAGCUUACAAUAAGGAUAACUAUUAAUCAUUUAAGUCACUUCGGUCAGUUGAUACAACUCAAAAACAUUAAUAGAUAUGGCACUGACUUUUAGGGUUGUUUUGCCAUCUCUAGAGAAGUAUACAGAUGAUUAGGACCAUCAGUAAAGAGACUCAAAAGAGCUGCAUCCAUUAAUAAUUGAACAAAGAUAUAAUGUGACAUGUUUUUCACUUUAAUUCAGAGCAUAGAAGAGUAUUGUCCAAUAAUUUAAAAUAUUUAUCACAUGUACAGCACUCAUACUUGCAUGAGAAAGAAAACACUAGGCAAAACAUUUUUCUAUAAGCUUUACCAGUUUUUGUUUGUGUGCAUUAAAAUAUUCCUUGCAAAAAAUACACUGAGAUGUAUAACUCUAGACUAGACAGCUGUUCAGCUUUAUUCUGUAGUAGAAUUAGCUAUCUGAUCACUUAGCUGCUUGAAGAUAUGUACAUUUUAUGGCAGGUAGCUACAACAGCAUUUAUAUAUAUUUUUAGAUAAACGAGAUGACUAUAUUAUUUCCAAUUUUUAAAAGUACUUUAUUUUCAAAACCUCUUGAAGUCUUGUUUUUAAGUCUUCCAUGUCAUGCCAACAAAGAAAGAGGUCCGACAUUCAAUCAUCAUGUGUGCACAAAAUCAAUCAUUGUGUCAAGUGCCAAUAGUACUUUUGUUUUCCAUUUGUAACCCAAAGUGAACAAUUUUGGAAAGGGUAUAAUUUCUUGAAUAACCCUGUUUAAAUAUUUCCUUUAAUUUGGUAUAUUUGUCUCCCUCUGCUUUGUGUAUAAGAAGCUUUUUAUCUCCAAAUGAACAACUUCAGUGAUUUUGUGUAAAAAUGACACUAAACUAGAGGUUAGACAAUGAAAUGAUUCAUUUCUGGAAAGCACUAUCAUGCACUUUUUAAAAAAAAAACAAACUGCAGACAUAUUAUUGCUUAAUUUGAAGAGAGUUCAUUUAUUUUAAAAAUUUACCAUUUUAAUAAGCCCAGAAAAUAAUAAGCACUGCAAUGUUUGGGGGGCCAUUUUUAACUCAUUGUUUAGAGUUAUAAUAUAUAUUAGAACUUCCUCAGUGUCAGCCAGCUGUCUUGUGAUAUAUAUAUUAUGCAGUGGUUUCAUGCGACAUUGUGGAGUUAAUGCAGUCCUGACUGAAUAGAGAUAAUGCCAAUUUGCCAAUUCUAACAUUGAAUUUAAUGGUUAUAUGACUAUAAAAUAAGAGUAAGCAGUCAACUGCUUAACUCCAGUGCAUAAAAGCAGCACUUAGAUAUUUAUAAGUGAUUAAUGGUUAUUUGUUACCUUUGUAAAUUUUUAUUGGGAAAAUACUAAGAUUGAUAAUAAUUUAGAUUCAUAGACCAUGCUAAUAUGACAAUCUUAACUACAUGAGCAAGUUAAGACAUUGCACUUAGACCACAGGGAGAUAUUUUUUUUAAUAUAGGACAAAUUUCUGAGAUAAUUAUUUAUUCUCUUCUAAUAGGUUUGUUUUGUUUUUGCUUUUUUUUUGGGCAAAAUAUAUUUUUGGAAUCUGUUAACCUCUUCUUACCUGCAUACUUGAACUUUUGUUGUUGUUGUUGUCGUUACUUUUGGGGAACUUAAAAUUCAGGAAGGGGGGGAGGGAGGGACAAGGGGUGCAAGAGGGAGAAAGUCAUACCAAAAGUAGGUUUCCAACUUAAAAAUCUUAAAAGUGAACAUAUCAUGAAAAUUCUAUUGAAACCUAGGGCGUAUCAGUGAAGAGUACUUCUAGGUAACCUUAAUCUGCAUGCUAGUAGCAUAUUCUCUUAGUUAUUCAAUUUUAUUUUGAUGUUUGCUGAAAAUUAACAAAUAAAAAUGUGUAGCCUCUAGAGUAAUUUGACCUAUAUAUUUAUUUAUACUACCUCUUCUCUACAGAAGACAGCCUCCCUUGAAGAAAAAAAAAAUCUGCCAAUAAGUAGUGAUGAAAUCUUUACUAUUGCUAACCUUGCUGCAAAGUGAAAUUCAUUUCAUAUGCUUAGUUCUGUUUUCCUUUAAGUCUUGAAGUUUUGUUUCCAACUAGCUCCUUUCAUUCCUUCCUCCCUAAGGUACUUUGCAUCCAGUAAAAGGUUAUCCUCAGACUCAAGAUCAUCUUGAUAAACAAGUCAUCAUAGGAAGGGGGGCAGGGAAACCCUGAUUAGAUAGUUUUGUCUUGUGUAAUUUGUGCAAUUACUGGACUGCUCCCCCCAAAAAAGAGAAGUUUUUGCAUUCUAAAUCUUUAUGUUGUGCUUGAUUACAAAUUCAGAGCUUUCUGGACCUUUUACUGCUCUUAUUGACAUUUAGAGCAUAUAUUAACCAUUUACUGUGUAAGGCUUUGCAUAAUCUUGGGUUGCCCAUUUUAUCAAAAGGCUACAUAUAUACAGAAACUUUCCAGAAUAAAUUAUAUGUGUUUCUUAACCUUUUUAAAAUUUGCUUUUAAAUUUCAUGACCGUGUUGCAUGUGGUUCUUCAUUUUCUGUUUUUGAAUCAUCUAGGACUCAACUAUAAAUGACUUAUGAAUGAAAACUCUUGUGUGAUUGUAAUUUGUUUCAUUAGUUCUUUAUGCCUUUUAAGUAGUAUGAGCACUUUAAAACAUUGCUAGUACUGCUACUGCUAGUAAUCCAGAUAUUUCACUCAGGCUGUGUUUAUAUGCACAGGCCAAUGUGACCCUUUUGACUAACUUAAACAACCAAAAGAAUUGAAGAGUCAAUGUAACAAUUGCCAAAUGACCAUUUUGACUUUUUGUUUUUUAAUGACCUGAGUCAGUCAAAACAGUAAAAUUGGUUUGUGUACACUGACAAAGCCACCACAUCUUUAAAAUGCAUAAUUAUUUUGGAAAAUGUUCUUCUUUUAUUGGAAUACUUUUUCUCAAAGAAAAUACACCUUACUGUAGCUAUCCAUUUAGUCUUCUUGUUGCUUAUUUUACAACAAAUACUUUGUUUUUUUGAAAAGGGACAUUUUGGUAGUAGAAUAGAAAAUACAUCAUCAAAUGAACUUGUAUGAAGGGCUGUAUACUCUAUUUGCAAUGAAAAUCAUAUAAAUAAGAUUGAAUCACAGUAGUUUUUUUCUGAUUUGGGAGACAUAUUUACAUGUAUGAAACUUUAGCUUUGCUUCUUUUGACCUACAUGGAGGGGGAAAGUAUAGUAGAAAACUUUUUAAAAUGUAUUUACUGUGAUUGAGGAUAUAUUUGGUGGUUCCUUUCUUAAAACUUAGAAAGAGUUACAGUGAGACUGUCCAUAGAAACAAGAGGUUGGUCUCUAGCUUUACAAUACUUUGGAAGUGUUCUUGGUCUACUUCAAGCACUUAAAUUUUUCAACUAAUGGCUACUAAAUAUACUUGUUUAGGGCCUAGUCCUGAUACUUACAUGCCAUUUACACACAAAACUCUUACUGAAAUCAGUCAGAGUUCUGUAUGAAUGAGGGAUGUAUUAGAGACGCAGGAUCAUUAAUGCUAUGUUGUUGCAUACUGUUUUUCAUAUGCCUUACAAAUAUUUUCUGGGACAUUAUUAAAAGAAUAACAUUUUAUUGCCAAAAUAAACCUUCGUUAUUACUUCUAAUCUGUAUUAGCACUAGAAAAUCAAGUUAUGUAGCAAAUACAUAUAUUGUACAGUACAAAAUCAUAAAAUAUAUAUUUUGCCAAUAAUAUGAAAAUAGAGCAAGGAGAAAGAAGCACAUUUGUUAUAGCACAAAUUUACAACAAAAUCCAUUGUUACAUUUGGCAAUUGUAUUUUUGAAAAAGCAUAUAGAUUUAGUUCUAAAAUUUCAUUGAACUUCAUUUGCCAUCAUUUGCUGCCUGCUACAUUUCCAGCAAUUAAUUUCAUAGCCUUGCAAUCUGUGGAUGUAAAUGAUUUUAUUCUCUGAAAUUUUAUUCCCUUCUAUGGAAACAUAAUUUAUUUUGUGAUAAGACAGCAUAUAAUAUUCACCAUUCUUAUUUCUUUUCCACUAAUAGUAAAUUUUAAGUGCAGGUGAGCUCUUAAUUAGUGCUCAUAUGUAUUUUUGGUAUGCUUAAGUAAUUUAACUUUCCUAGCCCAAGGUCUGAAUGAUCAAUAAAAAUGUCCUAACAAUGAAAUAGUAUUUAGGUAUUCUUUAAUUUAUCUUGCCUCUCAGUGCAGCUUUAUUUGGAAAACACAAUUUAAACCUCAUUAGCUAUUUUGAAGAGAAAAGGUAAAAACUUAAAUAUUCAAAGAUAUCACCAUAAAUGCAGUACAAUUAUAUAAAAACUACUCCCCCACCUCUAGGCCUUGGACUGUUUAUCUCCCAGGCUAUUGCCACAUCUCCUCUUCUGUGGUUAAAAAUUAAUAUAUAUAUAUAUUGCCUUUACUAAACCAAAAGAGUUAUAAAUAUUUCUUUUCUUAUCAUUUUAUUUUUAGAUUAAUUUAUCCCUUCCUGUUUUUACUUCUAUAGAUAUGUGUAGCAUUCUACAAGGCAUGCUGGGUAAAAUAUACUAUGCAAAUGUGUACAGUGUUGCAUGUUUUGCUCUCCCUCUGCUUUAGUGGCUUUAAAGGAAAAAAAAAUGUGUUAUUUUUGUGAACAGAAACAUUUAUCAGAGAAAAUGCAGACUGCAUGCUUACAGUAUCCUAAUUUCUAUGGAUUUGUUUUAUGGAAUUUAGAUGUGUAUAAAUCAACUGCAUUAAAAAAUUUCUUUUCUAUAAUAAAUGAAAAAAAAACAUCCAAAA